AUGGAAGACGGCAAGAACGCAAACCCGCUCAUCCUAAACCCCUCCGACCUACCCACACGCAAACGCCGCACUUCAGUCCACAAAGAGGCGAAUCUUGCAUCAGAACUGUUCCCGUAUGGCGCUACUGCUACCGGCGACUCGCUAUACCGAGUUUCGAGCCCCUCGUCAGACGAAGCGAGCGAGAGCGACUCGGAUCCCGAGCCGAUUGAUGAACAAGAAAUUUAUGAUUUGAUUGCCACCAUGUCAGACCCGGAGCAUCCCAUCGCUCUCGGAUCUUUGGCGGUUGUGUCGCUGCCCGAUAUCUCCAUCAAGCCUACUAUACCAAGUCGGCCGUGGUCCACUCUGCAGACAGUGACUGUUCUUAUUACGCCGACUAUCCAACACUGCAGUCUAGCCACGGUGAUCGGUCUGGGAGUGCGGGUCAGGUUGGAAGAAUCGCUACCUCCUCGAUUCCGUGUCGAUGUGCGAAUCAAGGAAGGCACCCAUUCCACAGCAGAUGAAGUCAAUAAACAGCUUGCCGAUAAGGAGCGGGUUGCGGCUGCACUCUGGAACCCGACGCUGCAGAGUUUCAUCAAGAAGAUGAUGGAGACGUGCGAAUAA